CAAGAUGGCAGCCCCCAUCAGAAAUUUGACGUGUCAAAACCGUUUUCAAUUUAUAUCUUUCCUAUCAAUUAACCACUCUAUUUUUCUAAUAUGUACUCUAGUUAAUCUUACAAAUGGCAAUUUCUAUUCACACUUUGUCAUGGACGGUCAAGGAAGGGAGAUUUCCCUGGAGGUUUUUCGGGGAAAGCCAGCUCUUGUCGUCAACGUAGCCAGUGAGUGUGGAUACACUCAAAACCAUUACGAGGACCUGGUGUGGGCAAGUCAACAGCCAGGAAUAGAUGAAGAAUUACACAUUCUAGCAUUUCCUUGUAAUCAGUUUGGCCAACAGGAGCCGAAGGGUGCCGAGGAAAUAAUCGCCUUUGCCCGGGAGACUUACGGGGCUACCUUCCCCAUCUUCGGUAAAAUUGACGUGAUCGGAGAAUACGCUGAUCCUGCUUUCAAGUAUUUAAGUGCAUCAAGUGGUCGGGAACCGGACUGGAACUUCUGGAAGUAUCUGAUCGAUAGGCAGGGGAGGGUUAUCGACGCCUGGGGACCAACCACUCAAGUUUCAGAAAUAUACGACUUUCUACUUGCAGCCACCCAAACCCCACGCCUUGUGAGAAGAGAUGAGUUCUGAGCAACGGCUAUAUAACAUGUACUGAAAAUUGAGCCAUAUUCUUGCCAGUCAAUAUUGUUAUUCUUACAAGGCAGUGGACACUAUUGGUAAUUAGUCAAAAUAAAUAUUAUCAUAACAUCUUUCUUGAUUACGAGUAAUUG